GCAUUGGCUUUUCUACCCAUGAAGGUUUUGCUAUAUUUUUUCCCAGUUUGGUGGGAGUGUGGAAAAUCUAGUCAUCUUUUUUCUUUGUUUGUUUGACAGUGUAUAUUAUAUUCAUACAGGCAGAGAGAGAGAGAGAGAGAGAAGGUUAUUAUGGUCAUUAAAAUUGCCUUUAUUCCCUCGAGCUCAUCUUGUUGUGAUUGAUUUUUUAACUUGACUGUUGUUGAGUCAUGUCUCUUGUGAUUGUGGUUAUUUGUGUUCUAGAGUUCGACAUUUUGUGUUUGGUCUCUUUUGCUUGAUUUGGGGCAAUAGUGAGUUAUCAGUUUCUUUCCCUUCUCAUCAUCACUCAACAGAAGAAGAAAAAAAUUGUAGAGAGGAAAAAAAAAACACCUCUUGAACAUUUGGGAACUUUCAACUGAAUAAUUGUGGUGUCUGUGAGUGAAGAUCUGCACCUAGCUGGUCUCCACCAACACACAAAAAAAAGUGUGAAGAUUGACGCCUAAGAAGCAUGGAUCUUGACUACUCGAAGUGUUGGGGCACUUCCAAGAAGGAUUCUUGGAAGACAACUUUGCUCUUAGCUUAUCAAAGUCUUGGUGUAGUAUACGGGGACCUAAGCAUUUCCCCUCUCUAUGUUUACAAGAACACGUUUGCAGAAGACAUUCAUCACUCAGAGACGAAUGAAGAGAUUUUUGGUGUUCUUUCAUUUGUUUUCUGGACUCUAACUCUAGUUCCUUUGUUCAAAUAUGUCUUUAUAGUUCUUCGAGCUGAUGACAAUGGAGAGGGUGGUACUUUUGCGCUCUAUUCCCUAAUAUGCAGGCAUGCUAAAGUAAGCCUUCUGCCCAACCGUCAAGUUGCCGAUGAAGCACUCUCCACGUAUAAACUAGAGCACCCUCCGGAGAAAAAGAAGAGCUCGAGGGUAAAAUUGUUGCUCGAGAAGCACAAAUCCUUGCACACUGCUUUGCUAAUCUUGGUUCUACUUGGCACAUGUAUGGUAAUUGGAGAUGGCUUGCUCACUCCAGCCAUUUCAGUUUUCUCUGCUGUUUCUGGCCUUGAGUUAUCCAUGUCUAAGGAACAUCAUCAAUAUGCGAUGGUUCCAAUUACCUGCUUCAUAUUAGUAUGCCUAUUUGCAUUACAACAUUAUGGCACGCACCGUGUUGGUUUUGUUUUCGCGCCACUGGUGUUGACUUGGCUACUAUGCAUCAGUUCCCUUGGCUUGUACAAUAUACUCCACUGGAACCCACAUGUUUAUAAAGCUCUUUCACCAUAUUACAUGUUCAAGUUCUUAAAGAAGACACGAAAAAGCGGAUGGAUGUCAUUGGGUGGGAUUUUAUUGUGCAUAACAGGCUCAGAGGCAAUGUUUGCUGAUCUUGGCCACUUCUCGUAUGCUGCAAUUCAGAUUGCUUUCACCUUUUUGGUUUAUCCGGCACUUAUUUUGGCAUAUAUGGGUCAAGCUGCCUACUUGUCACAGCAUCACCAGACCAAUUACCAGAUCAAUUAUUAUGUCUCAGUCCCAGAAAGUGUGAGGUGGCCAGUGCUUGUAGUAGCAAUCCUUGCUUCCGUUGUGGGAAGUCAAGCGAUCAUUAGUGGAACAUUCUCCAUCAUCAACCAGAGUCAAUCACUUGGUUGUUUUCCAAGAGUCAAGGUUGUUCACACUUCUGAUAAGAUACACGGUCAAAUCUACAUCCCUGAGAUCAACUGGAUGCUGAUGAUCCUCUGCAUUGCUGUGACCAUUGGAUUCAGAGAUACAAAACAUAUGGGCAAUGCAUCAGGGUUGGCAGUUAUGGCAGUGAUGCUCGUGACCACGUGCCUCACUUCGUUGGUUAUUAUGCUUUGUUGGCACAAACCCCCUAUAGUAGCUCUUACCUUCCUACUCUUCUUUGGCUCAUUUGAAUUACUCUAUUUCUCGGCUUCACUUAUUAAGUUCCUUGAGGGUGCUUGGCUCCCCAUCCUCCUAGCACUCUUUCUUGUCACCAUCAUGUUUGUUUGGCAUUAUGCUACCAUCAAGAAAUAUGAAUACGACUUGCACAACAAGGUUUCAUUGGAAUGGUUAUUAGCCUUGGGUCCAAGUUUGGGCAUUGCUCGAGUCCCAGGGAUUGGCAUUGUGUUCACUGAUCUCACCUCUGGCAUCCCCGCAAACUUCUCGCGCUUUGUCACCAACUUACCCGCCUUCCAUCGCGUCCUUGUCUUCGUGUGUGUAAAAUCAGUUCCUGUCCCUUACGUGCCACCUGCCGAGCGGUAUCUCGUGGGUCGGGUGGGUCCCUCGGCUCACCGGUCGUACAGGUGUAUCGUCCGUUACGGGUACCGUGACGUUCACCAGGAUGUCGAUUCUUUCGAAUCCGAACUUGUUAACAAGCUGGCCGAUUUCAUCCGCUAUGAUUGGUGUGGGAGGCAUGGAAACAAGGAUGAUGGGUCUCGAUCUGGUGGAUCAUCAUCAUCAAGUGAGUGUAGAUUGGCAGUGAUAGGAAUGGUGGCGCUCUCUGGCAUGCCAGCUUUUGAGAUAGAGGAAAGUGUGCAACCACAGAGUGUAUCAGGAAGUUUCCCAACCAUAGAGAGCGUGACAGAUGUCAUUGAGAUGGAGCGUGUUGUGGAAAGAAGAGUGAGGUUUGCAAUGGACGAGUCUGAUUCCGUUGAACGGUCUGAUUUGGAUAUGCAAUUGAAAGAAGAGCUGCAAGACUUGUUUGCCGCUCAACAAGCCGGGACUGCUUUCAUUCUCGGGCAUUCACAUGUCAAGGCAAAACGAGGGUCAUCUCUUAUGAAGAGAUUGGCCAUCAAUUUCGGGUAUAAUUUCCUGAGGAGGAAUUGCCGGGGAGCGGAUGUUGUGCUCAAGGUGCCUCCUGUGUCUCUCCUUGAGGUGGGCAUGGUCUAUGUUGUGUAG